GCUCUGUACUCUGCAUCUGUUCCUGUUGAAGAAAGAUUUUGCUCAGAGGUCAGCUGCUGCUGUAGAAAAUUGAUUAGAUCUCCAGAGAGCACAAUGGCAAGACUCCUGACAGUGCUGGGCAUUCUACUCGCUCUGCACAUGGCUUCAUCCAGUAAGCUGGCAUGCCAUUUUACCAACUGGGCCCAGUACAGACCUGGCAACAGCAGAUUCACCUCAGACAAUGUCGACCCCUUGCUGUGCACCCACGUCAUCUACGCUCUGGCCACCAUCAACAGCUUCAACCAAAUCAGCCCCAUAGAGUGGAAUGAUGAGCAGCAGUAUGCCAGACUCAACAGCCUCAAGAACUUCAAUCCUGCAUUGAAGACUCUGCUGUCAGUUGGAGGCAGUUUCAAUGGAGUGAGCCCGUUCAUUUCCAUGGUCGCCAGGCCAGAGAGACGUGCAGCUUUUAUCAAUUCAGCCAUUAGCUAUCUGCGCACCCAUAACUUUGAUGGGUUGAACCUGGACUGGGAAUAUCCUGGACACAAUGGCAGCCCACAGGAGGACAAAGCAAGGUUCACUCUGCUGGUCAAGGAGUUGUCCAAGGCCUUUGAGGAUGAGGCCAAAAACACCCGGAGGACUCAGCUGCUGUUGGCAGCCAAUGUAGCUGCAAUACGUUCCACCAUUGACAGAGCCUAUGAAGUUGAUAAGAUUUCACCUUACUUUGACUUCAUCAACGUCCUGACCUAUGACUUCCAUGGACACUGGGAGCCAGUUACUGGACACAACAGCCCACUGUACAGCAGCUCUGUGGACACUGGCUCAUAUAUUCAUCACAAUAUCAACUCUUCUAUAUCCUAUUGGCUGGCUCUGGGAGCACCUGCUGAAAAGCUCUUGCUGGGUUUCUCCACAUUUGGACGAACCUACCGCCUUAGCAGUGCUUCUAGUAGCCUCGGAGCACUAGCUAAUGGCCCUGCAGAUGCUGGACCCUACACUCGCACUGCUGGCUUCUGGGCUUUCUAUGAGAUCUGUGCCUUCAUCUCCAGUGCCACUGUUCAAUGGAUCUCUGAACAGGAGGUUCCAUAUGCCACCUAUGGCAGUUCCUGGGUAGGCUAUGAUGACAAGCGCAGCUUUUCUUCCAAGGUCCAAUGGAUGACUGCCAACAACCUGGGCGGUGCUCAUGUGUGGACUCUGGACAUGGAUGACUUUGGUGGAUACUUCUGCUCAUCUGGAGCAUAUCCUCUCACCAACCAUCUCAGGAUGUCCAUGGGCUUCAUCCCAAAGCCCACCACCACCCCUGGACCUACCACUACCAGGAACCCCAUGGAUGACUUCUGCCGUGGUCGCCCUGAUGGCCUGUAUGCAAACCCAGCAGAUAGGAACACCUACUUCCAGUGCUUCCAGGGACACACCUAUCUGCACCACUGCCAGCCAGGCCUCAUCUACUGGGACACCUGCAAGUGUUGCAACUGGCCCUGAGCUGCAGAAACAUGAACUACAGUAUACUCAAAGUUCAUGAAUAAAUCUGAUGUAAAAUCAUCUAACAGAGUGAUAGAUUGCACUUAUUAAGUUCAUGUACUCGGUUACAAUGAGUAUGGAAAGUAAA